UCGAGCGAAUAUAUUCACGCGAAACCACUGUGCUUUAAAAAACAUUUUAUCUAUGUAUGUUAGCCUUAUGUACGUAAGGUAAAUAUCAAGGGAUCACGUUCAGUAAACUGAUAGUUGUGCAUGCAAAAUUGGAGGGAAACUAUCCCAGGGACAAAUGCAAAUUAAAGAUGGAGAAGCUCUGCUUUCUUGGUUUACUAUUUCUGGUACUCUUCUGCAAUAGCGGACUUUGCCAUGAUGAAGGAAGCAACGAGACUUUGAUUGCAGCCGAGGCGAGGUUGAUGAAGUAUCUAUUUGAAGACAUGAAUUAUGAUAAAUACGCCAGACCAGUCCGCAGGGCAAACGACACUGUCAAGAUGAAAUUUGGAUUGAAUCUGAUCCAAAUUGUUGACUUGGAUGAGAAAACCCAGAUACUAACCUUGAGCUUGUUUAUAACAAAGAAAUGGGAUGAUAUCCAAUUAACAUGGAACCCUGAUGAUUUUGAUGGUGUCAAGACAUUGCGAGUGCCUGUAUCUAAAAUAUGGAGACCUGAUGUCGUGCUUUACAAUUCGGCAGCGGAGGAAUAUAAGAUGACGUUCGAGGCAAAUGUCGUGGUUUACAACACUGGAAUGAUUUACUGGAUUCCACACGCAAUGGUCAAGACUUACUGUCAACUCGAUAUGUCAAGAUUCCCAUUUGAUGAGCAGAAAUGCGAACUUAAAUUCGGAUCUUGGACAUAUGAUGGUUAUUUGUUGGACGUUGACCCAUCAGAGUACAAUAACGCAGAAGUAUCAUCCUUGUACAAAGUGAAUGGAGAAUGGGAAGUUACGUCAUGGGACUCUAAGAAAAACGUGGUAUACUAUGCCUGUUGUCCCGAACCAUACCCGGAUGUCACCUUCACACUUGGCCUUAAGAGAGUGUCAAUUUACCACAAAUAUAUGUUCUUGUUCCCUGUCAUCAUGCUGUGUAUAUUGACCGUAUUCCUCUUUGUGCUGCCACCUGAAUCUGGAGAGAAAGUAAACCUAGGUAUUGGGAUUGUUCUGGCUUAUGUCUUUAUGCUGCUCAUGUUGGAAAACUACCUACCAACUGAACUGGUUCAAGUUCCUAUGAUAGGCGCAUACUAUUGUUUCAACCUCGUCAUGGUGAUUCUGUCCAUCAUCAUCUCCAUGUUUGUGCUUAACAUGUGUAUUCGCGGGCCUAGAAGAGGAAGCCCACCAAAUUGGCUCAAAUCGCUGGUUCAUGGUAAGCUAGGAUCUCUUUGUUGCAUUAAACAGGAACGAUACUCGCCAUUGCUGUAUUUUGACAACCAAGAUGACGACCAGGCUCAACUUACGACAAACAUUGCCAAAGAUAACGACGUGGACGAAUUGACGGAUCUGCAUGCGACUAAACUUGAUCGCACAUUGACGGAGAUUUUGAAGCAUUUGAAGAGUUCCGGUCAUGAGGGACGUCCUGGUCGUGCAGCAGUGAUUCAGGAUGAUUGGUACAAGGCUGCGUUGAUGCUGGAUCGUGUCGCACUUGUUCUCUACAUUAUCAUCUGUGUUGUUGGAUCAAUUUGUAUUUUGUUGUAAACAUACCUGAAUAUUUGAACGAACAUCUCAAACCAAUUGUUACAUUAAAUCUCUAAAUUCCUCAUCAACGAACACGACGAACAAUUAGUAUUUUGAAGCCACAAUGUAGUUUUUAGCUUAACUAACCAUGCAAAAGUAUUUACGUGCGUCUCUACGUGCGAGCUUAUACAGUCUAAUUUGUGUAGCACCAUCUACACGGAAGCACACUCACUUUGAUGCCUCUUUUAACUAUCAGGCGACUAUUAUCAAGAAUAUAUUAGUACACGCCUCAGGCGACUAUAGACUUUAAAACAUAAUACUAGUUGAUUUAACAAUGCCGACUAGUAAUAAAAUCUACAGUAGUCCAGUACAGUAGUCCUUUUUGAGUUCCAGUUUACUUUAGAGGUGGUGUCUCAAUGUAUCAUAGAUGGUACAGCGUAACAAUUUAAAGCUAAUAUAGUGUGAUGUUGAUAUAUAAUAGACGUUCCGCUUAGGGGAAGUCACAAGGAAUUUGAAUAAAGUACAAGGAUGGUUCGAAAAGUUUUGCACGAAAGCUUCUCAAGAGAAGAGAUUUUAUCAUUUUUAUGUGAAAUUUGAUACAG